AUGGAUCCCGACCCGCUGUCGUACGUCCUGUCCGACGACGAGUCGCGCCUCAUCUUCGAGCGCGACAUCGUGCCCGCCGAGCUCGGCGCCCUCGCAGCGCUCCCGUCGUCGCCCGCGGCCAGCGGCGGCGGGGGCGGGGCUGCUUCUCUCCCUCUCCCUUCCUCGUCUUCGGACGCGUCGCCCCCGCCGCUCGCCGUCUUCAUAAUCGGCCAGACGGGCGCGGGGAAGACCCGCGCCGCGCCGCUGAUCAAGAGCGCCAUGAUAGCGCGGCUGGGCGGCGGGCACGGGAGCGGUACAGAGCGCCUUUGUAUAUAA